GGGAUUCCGCAUUGCUUGGCAGGAUUCUUUGCUGGCUGAAGGUUGAGCUCUCCUGCGUUCCCAAGCGGAAUCCUAUGCCGCGGGAGGUGAGGCCUUCGGAAAGUCCAAGCAGGCCGCUCAUGCUAGUCUAAAAAGUGCAAUUUCGAAAAUGUUUGAAAUGAGUUUGAAGCUGUUUUGAACCGGAAUUAGGCCCCGGGGCCGUUUGAUCUAACAGAGGGUUCUUGUUAUGUUGCUCACAUCAGCAUGAUCCCCACCAGCACUACCUCAGCACAGCAGGCUCCGGGCCGUUCCGUGCGCCUGAGACCUUGUAGGGAAAGUAAGGUAAAGGCGUGAAAGCGGCCCGCACCACGCCCCAGGAGCAGGAGAAGCUCCGGGAAACAGAAAGAACGUGGGAGGGGGCGAGCCCUCCGGGUUGUUCCCAAUUUGCGAGCACCCCCCCCCCCAAGUUGCGAGCCUUACGGGCGGCUGCUCGUCAUUCUAGCUACGCCCCACUCUAUUUCUAGUUACGCCCCCAAAGCGGUGGGGCUGCUUUUGACGGGGCCCACAGGGCCGCACCUGCGGAAACGGCGCGGCAAAGAACCUGGCCAGCCAGCCAGGGUUCCUUCUCAAGUUAAAUCAGCAAUACGGGUUCUUGUUAUGUUGCUCACAUCAGCAUGAUCCCCACCAGCACUACCUCAGCACGACAGCAGGGUCCUUCACUUUUUGGUUUUCCUCAACGUAGGCAAUCCGUUCCUGCGUGGUUUCCCGCAGCGGAGUAGAUAUAAGUAACCCCACUCUCUAAUUCACUACAUUGGCAUUUGUCUCUAUCGUAGCACAACAUAGUACUCACGCCACAGAGAAACGCAAGAGGACUAGCAUAUUGAUCUAGAUCAUUUUUUCCUGGCCUUCUGUACGGUAGUCCAUGUGCCGCUCCAGCAUCAUGUUGCUGACAACUUCCAAAGCAAGAAGAGCACCUUCUGCGCAGCAGCGCCGUACUUCCACUGCAGCUUGCACGGCAAUGCAGCUUCUUCUCUCGUCCACCCCAGCUGUGUACUGGCCCUUUUUCCCCUCUAGUACAGCUAUGUCGCUGACCCUGAAAAGUAAAAUGAAUCACAAACACAAACUUCACCAGAAGGUCCAGCAGCAGAAAAAGUUGCACAAGAAAAUGAAGAAGGUGCGGUGCGUGGGAGGGUUGUGCGACAUGUUAUUACCGGAUGAGGAGAAGCUCGACGAGGACCUUCUCGAAGAGGAAGAUGAUACCGAAUACGGUACAGGAGCUGGAGGUCUGCCGCCCGACGAUUUUCAACAAAACUCGACCAUGUGCGCCAAGCUCUUUCCGACCGAAGAAGGGUGUGAAACAGCACGAGGCUGCGAAUGGCUUUUAAUAUCCGAAGAAGAUCUCAACAACAUGGAAGAAAUGAGUAGGUGUCAUCCCAUCGACGAGACUUGUGACGCGAUCGCUUCGGAAACCUUGUGCGUGGAGACAGGGGCCUGUGUCUGGGUUGAAGUGGAAAGAACUACACUCACGUCAUUGAAUGUGACAGAAGAUCAUGAGGAUCAAACUUUGUCGGGUAAUAUUACAAAUUACAUGUGCGUCGGAGACACGUGGAAUAGCUCCAGCAUGCCCCGGCCGACGGGAUUCACGACCGAAACACCACGACCUGGAGGAGGUGGAGGCACGACCGCCCUGGGAGGAGCAGGAGGAGUAGAAACAAAUUAUGACCAAGAACAACAAGCCUGUCCCCCGGACAGUCCCCAGUCGCCGGUGCGAGUUUGCAGCUCUCGACGGCACCUGCCGUCGGGCAGCAACAACAGUAGCACGACGCUUCCAGGCGACCAGCUGCAAUUUCCCAAUCUGUGCGAGGCGGCAAAGGUCGGAUUUUCCGCGGAAGACUGCGCAGAAAUCGUGCCCUUCCGGUACUUAUCCUGUGCAAAAGUAUCGUACUCGUAUGAAUUGCACGUAUGCAUGACAAAUCUGGUUUCCUACCCAAAUCUGCAUUACAAAUUCCAACUUUCUUCCUGAUAAAAUUUGUCAUGCGAUUCGUACUCGUACGAUUCUUUUGCAAAAAUGCAUAGUACUAUUGGGAAGCCUCGCUGCGGAAAAUUUGUGCGCAGGGCGACGGAGGGGACAGCGCGAAUUGUGAGGGGAAUGCCGCUUUAUCCGCCCCGGCUCCGGGGUCGGCCGAGUGGACGGCGCUGGAGGAUGCGUAUUUGGCGGGCACAGGUCAGUACCCCAUUUUCACCACAGAGGAGCGGGCGACGUUUACGAACCAAUGCGUGUAUGCAUUGCAAAAGUAUCGUACUCGUAUGUAGUGAGGUCACCGAACGGUUCUAACCGGGGAGUUUUUUUGACACCCAGCCAGCAAAACGACCGGCAGUUUUCAAGCGGGCGGGAGUGUUUUUUGACGAAAAAGAUUUUCAAUUAUCAAGCGGCCGGAGCUUUGCCAACAAAAAAGCCUGGUCGAAAACUAUCGAUUCCCGCUUGAUAAAACGACGCAGGGGAGCCGGCAAAAGGGGCGCCCUUCUGAGGCGCCCGCCGCCUUAGUUUCUGGCGAUUUGGGGCGCCCCAAAAGGGGCGCGCAAGAAACGCGCCCAAAAUCAGAACAGCGAAACAGCAUGGCACGGCCGCGAUUUCGGAGCAUUUUGGGCGGCCGCGAAAGCGGCCGCCUUUUCGCCGGUUUUAGAGCCUGGGAAGCUUUGCAAAAAGCGCCGGCGUGAAAGAUAAAAACGCGAAAAAUAAAAAGCGCACCAGACGCGCAAAGCCAAUCCGCAUGCUAUGGGCCCGGUUUUUGUUCGCUUUUGGGGCGCCCCCCGUGGCACCCGGAUCGGCCCCAUAGCAUCGGGGCUGGCUUUCGGAAAGGAAUUUUGGAAAUGUGGCAAAAUUUGCGACGUUUCCCAAGUGGCCGCCAUACCGUGCGGCAUAACGUUACUCACGGUGGUAUGGCGAGCCCGUAAAAAGCAAAGCCGCGGCCAAGGCUGCGGUCGGCAAAAAAACGCCCACGACCUCACUACCCCCGCCCCGGCGGCUAUAUUUGGUAGUAUUGCAAUACAAAUUAGCUCAGCGUGACAAAUGGAAUUUCUCAUGCUGAUUUAGCUUGAAAAAGAAAUUUGUCUUGCAUGACUGUGAUUACUGUGCGUACGAUACUUUUGCACAGGAUAGUGUGCUGCUGGUCGAGGAGGAGCGUUGUGCGUGGGAGGGCGACAUUCGGUCGGACUGUGCUUCGUACAACGACACAACCGCCUGCAACGCCAUUGGCAGCAGCGGGAGCGGACCCGGCCCCUGUCGGUGGAACCUCAUACUGAACGUGUGCGAAGACAGGCCCGCCACCUGCGAGGAAGGGACUGAACCCGGGGACUGUGACAACUUCGCAGGUUCGGGGUGUAGCUGGAACCAGACUACGAGCCGUUGCGAGAUCCACCAGGCAGUAGUUGCUUCUCCAGUCGUCACCGUGGACUGUGCUUCGUACAACAAUGCCACCGCCUGCAACGCCAUUGGCAGUAGCGGGAGCGGACCCGGCCCCUGCCUGUGGAGAUCUUUUCGGAACGUGUGCGAAGACAGGCCCGCCACCUGCGAGGAAGGGACUGAACCCGGGGACUGUGACAACUUCGCAGGUUCGGGGUGUAGCUGGAACCAGACUACGAGCCGUUGCGAGAUCCACCAGGCAGUAGUUGCUUCUCCAGUCGUCACCGUGGACUGUGCUUCGUACAACAAUGCCACCGCCUGCAACGCCAUUGGCAGCAGCGGGACCGGACCCGGCCCCUGCCUGUGGAGAUCUUUUCGGAACGUGUGCGAAGACAGGCCCGCCACCUGCGAGGAAGGGACUGAGCCGUGGGAUUGUGACAACUUCGCAGGUUCGGGGUGUAGCUGGAGCCAGACUAUGAGCCGCUGCGAGAUCCAGACAGAAGUAGUAGCUCCUGCUGCGCAACCACUUGCCGGCCCUGCCACCUGCGAGGAAGGGACGGACCCCUGGAAUUGUGACAACUUUCCUGACUGCGUGUUCGAUUCCGACCUGGAGCACUGCGUGCACGCGGCAACCUCCCCGAUCGUGUCCGUGCCCGCUAGUACCUGCGCGGCCGCAAAAACGGAGGGCCAGUGCCAGCACGUCACCGACGAGGAGUGCGAAUUCGUCAAGGGUGAGUGUGUGGCGAAACCACCUAGCGGGUUUACGGAGUGCGAGACCGCGGGCGUGACCACCGAGCUGGGCUGCGUAAAUAUCAACGACAGCCGUGGGCUAUCAAAGAAGAAAAGCACUCAAGAAUUUAUUUUGUCCUCGGCGAUUUAGAUUUGUUGUCGAAGAUUUUUUUAUUGUUGAGGUUGUGCAUAAAAAUUGUCGGGAUGAUCUUCAUCUGUGAAAAGAUGAACAGAGAUCUGACUUGAGAGUUGUUGAUAUAGAUGAACUGUUUAUGCGGCGGGUGGACAAAAACAAAAAGUCAGGCCGCUCAGGUGUGGAUGUGCCGUGCGGGGAAUUCAAAGAUUCUUGUUUAUUUUCAUACAGGGUUUGCGAGUUUGUCGAGGGUGUGUGCAGACUGCGAGAUGAAGAGAACCCGCCUGCACCUCAGGGUUGAGUAAAAAAGUAUGGGAUGCAGCUGCUGCAUCUGUAUUUUGAAAAUACCACGACCAAGAGAAAAAGAAAUAUCUGUCAUGCUGCUUUCCCGGGAUGGAGAAGGAGAACAGCAUGGAACUUCGAAAACCGCUUUCAACUAAACAAACCUAUCUGCCCCCAGUAAAAAACCUAAUUUAUUUUCGCUAUUGUCCUCUUCGGAAUUGCAAUUGUCACAAGAAGCAUGUUGGUACCGAUGUCAUUUGUAAAAUUCGCGAAGCGCAGCUAGCCCCCUUACUUGCGCGGCUUUCCACAAAGUUUCAAAGAAGCAGCACCUCGAAGUCGUGAGACGGGGGUUGUAGCUCGCUCCACUCAUGAUCGCGUUGUCUCCCGGAACAGUAAAACUACUCAAAAAAAAGGUCUUUUGAACGAAUGCGAACACCAACACCCCUCGUCUCUUGAGAGAAAAAUAAACAU